AAAUUUGAAAAGUGAGUGAACUAGUCUUGCGGUGGUAUGCCUGCAAUAAUAAUUAGAAACACCUUCCGAUCAAUCAACUAAAGUUGUGCAAAAUCUAAGGUUACAAUCCGCAAACGUAAACAAAUAACCGAACGAAAUGUUCAGCUUUCGAAAACGCGUCAACUGAACGAAAAUCCGGGACAAAAGUCCUCGGUAAUCAGACAUCGCCCUUAUUGAUUUUUCGGCCCCAUAAUGGAAGACACCGAAAUGGACAACUUGUCCGGCACCACAAUUUCGGACGACUACAUUAAAAAACUAAUCGACACGGAAGAGGUGAUCGGCAACGACAACGAGAACUACGAGAUCAGUCCCGAGGACCUAGAGACGCAAUUCAAUGACGAGUUCGACUCCGAACAACAACAUCAGGACGUCAAAAAUGUAAUAAUGAACAACACGACGAUCUACAAGUGCACGAUGUGCAGCGAGGAGUUUCGUGACUUCAAGACGUACCGGCUGCACAAAAAGAACCACUUCAUUGAGAAGCGUCGCUGCAGAAUCUGUAACAUUGUGUGCCAGAGCAUAGGGAAACUGGAGGAUCACAUCAACGCUCAUCUUGGUAGGAAACCAUUCGAGUGUUCGGUGUGCGGCAAGAAGUUCGUCGCCGACAACCACCUGAAGCUGCACAGCCGGGUCCACAGCACCGAAAAGAAGUAUAAGUGUGAGAAAUGCUCAAUGUCCUUCCGAGACCUGGGCUCCUUGAGGCAACACAGUUUGGUCCACUUGGAGUCUGUGAAGGAGUUUAAAUGUAAGAUUUGCGGGGAGGAUUGUAAAAUGCUGACGAAUUUGAAAAAGCACAUGGCAAAACACGGUGAACAACGACCGACACAAUGCGCAAUCUGCCAUCAUCGUUUCGACAAUGAACGCAACCUAGAACUUCACCUAAAAACCCACAAAGAACUUACAUUUCCUUGCGAAUAUUGUUUGAAAAUCUUUCCGACAUUGUACAAGUUAAAAAAACAUGUAGGCAGAGUUCACAUACCAAACCAUUGCGACGUUUGCGAUCAAAUUUUUUACGACAGAGCCGAAUAUACGAAACACAGAAAAAGCCACAUAGAAGUUGAAGCUUCUUUGACUUGUAACAUUUGUAACAAAACCUUUGACAAGCCUAAAAAUUUAAGCGAGCACAUUAGGUUGCAACACAAAGCCGAUGGAAAACUAAACAAGUGCGAUAUUUGCAAUAAAGAAUUCAUCAACGUUUCCUUGCUGAAAAACCACGUGAAAACCCAUAACAAAUGUUUCAAAUGCAAUUUUUGCGAAUUAGUCUUCAGUUCUCGCUAUAAUCUGGAAACGCACUCGGUAGUUCACACGAAAGCUCGCAAUUUUAUGUGUGACGUGUGCAACAAAACCUACACGACGAAAACUAGUCUGAAAAAUCACAAAGCCACCCACAGUGAUGCACGUAAUUUCGAAUGCGAUCACUGCGGUAAAAAAUUCAAAUCCAACAGACGCUUGUACGUUCACAAAUUCUGCCACAAAACCGAGGAGAAAUUCGAGUGUGAAAUAUGCAACGCCAAAUUCAAAGUGAAACAGUACUUAAAGUACCACAUGAAAAAACACUCGACGGAAAAACCGUUCCAGUGCGAGCUAUGUCAGAAACGGUUCAAACACAAGAAAACUUACCUUAAACACAUGAAUUUCGGCAAGCAUAAAACAGAUGGGGAAGUUAUGACGAUCGAAUGUGAUUUCUGCGAUCAGGCUUACAUUACUCGCGAUCAAUUGUUGGAUCAUUUCGCUGCUGAACACGAACAACAGAUGAUCGAGGAGGCAAAAGCUGAAGGGAUGAUUGAUUGCGGACGAUACGUGGAUUAUAUAAAAAAAGAAAUUAAACAGGAGCAAGAGGAGAUCGCGGAAGAGAACUCUCUUGAACCAGAGGUCAGUUUGGAGGAUAGAACUGGCGAGUUAGUCAUUAAAAUUAAGGAAGAGCCUUCCAUUGAGGUUUGAUGUGAUUUAGUUAGUAUGUUUGUAGUAGAAUAAUUUUGUGACUGAUUUUGUUCCUAUAGUAGGGAUAAUUUUAUUGUUGUAGUAUUAAAAGUUCAGUCAGUGUUGU